CGCACUCGCGGGUUGUGCUGCCGCCGUGGCCGGGAGCGGCUCCUCCUUCCUCCUCCUCACAGGGCGGUCGGCUGAGGCGAGGCAGCCGGUGUGUGAACGUUCGUCUUGGGAGGAGGAGAAGCACCAGCAGCCCUCAAAAUGCCGAAGCCGAUCAAUGUUCGAGUUGUUACUAUGGAUGCAGAGCUGGAGUUUGCCAUCCAGCCAAACACUACAGGCAAGCAGCUGUUUGACCAGGUGGUUAAAACCAUAGGUUUGCGAGAAGUGUGGUACUUUGGUCUUCAGUAUGUGGACAACAAAGGAUUCCAGACUUGGCUGAAGCUUGAUAAAAAGGUUUCUGCUCAAGAAAUCAGAAAGGAGAAUCCCCUCCAGUUCAAAUUUCGUGCCAAGUUCUUCCCAGAGGAUGUGGCUGAAGAGCUGAUCCAGGACAUCACGCAGAAGCUCUUCUUCCUGCAGGUGAAGGAAGGGAUCCUCAGUGAUGAGAUCUACUGUCCUCCAGAAACAGCAGUACUUCUUGGCUCAUACGCUGUGCAGGCCAAGUUUGGAGAUUACAACAAAGAUUUGCACAAGCCUGGAUACCUCAAUUCAGAGCGUCUGAUCCCACAAAGGGUGAUGGACCAGCAUAAACUCUCCAGAGAGCAGUGGGAAGAACGGAUUCAGGUGUGGCAUGCUGAGCACAGUGGUAUGCUCAAAGAGAAUGCCAUGCUGGAAUACCUGAAGAUUGCCCAAGACCUAGAGAUGUAUGGAAUCAACUACUUUGAAAUCAAGAAUAAGAAAGGAACUGACCUUUGGCUGGGGGUUGAUGCCUUGGGGCUCAACAUAUAUGAAAAGGAUGAUAAGCUGACUCCAAAGAUUGGGUUCCCCUGGAGCGAAAUCAGAAACAUCUCUUUCAAUGACAAGAAGUUUGUUAUAAAGCCUAUUGACAAGAAGGCACCGGACUUUGUGUUUUACGCCCCUCGUCUGAGAAUUAACAAGAGGAUCCUGCAGCUCUGCAUGGGCAACCAUGAGCUGUAUAUGCGGCGCAGGAAGCCCGACACCAUUGAGGUGCAGCAGAUGAAAGCCCAGGCCCGGGAGGAGAAGCACCAGAAACAACUGGAAAGGCAACAACUAGAAAAUGAAAAGAAGAAGAGGGAGACAAUUGAGAGGGAGAAAGAGCAAAUGUUGAGGGAGAAGGAAGAGCUGCUGGUGAGACUACAAGAGUAUGAGGUGAAGACUCAGAAAGCAGAGAAAGAGCUCUCAGAUCAGAUCCAAAGAGCCAUUCAGCUGGAGGAGGAAAGGAGACGAGCGCAGGAGGAAGCAGAACGCUUGGAAGCUGAUCGUUUGGCUGCUCUGCAGGCCAAGGAGGAGCUGGAGAGACAAACUAUGGACCAGAUAAAGAGCCAGGAACAGUUGGCUACAGAGCUGGCAGAGUAUACAGCCAAGAUUGCGCUUCUUGAAGAGGCAAGGAGGCGUAAAGAGAGCGAGGUUGAAGAGUGGCAGAUCAGAGCCAAGGAAGCCCAGGAGGAUUUGGUAAAGACAAAGGAAGAGCUACACCUGGUGAUGACUGCUCCGCCUCCACCCCCACCACCUGUGUACGAGCCAGUGAACUACCACGUCCACGAUAACUUGCAAGAUGAAGGAUCAGAGUACCCCGCCUACAGCGCCGAGCUCUCCAGCGAGGGGAUCAGGAACGACCGCAACGAGGAGAAGCGCGUUACUGAAGCAGAGAAGAACGAGCGGGUACAGCAGCAGCUGAGGGCGCUGACAGAUGAGCUGGCCCAGGCUAGAGAUGAAAACAAGAGAACCCACAAUGAUAUUAUCCACUCAGAGAACAUGCGACAGGGACGUGACAAGUACAAGACGCUGCGGCAGAUCCGGCAAGGCAACACCAAGCAGAGGAUUGAUGAGUUUGAGGCGAUGUAAUGACGCUUGUAACAAGAAGGCAGGACUGUGGGAAAGGCAGAUCUUAAUGCUGUGUUCUUGUUUUGGGUUUUUUUUGUUGUGGGGUUUGUUUUGUUGGUUUUUUGGUUGUUUUGUUUUUUGGUUUUUUUUGUUUUUUUUUUUUUUCUCUGAGGAGGGGUCACUGUAUGACACUUAAAUGUUCUCUAAACCCAGAGGUGUUUGAAUCUCCCUUUUAUUCCAUACCUUCUAUUAAAUCUGGUAUAGUUAAAGACUCAUCAUACCACUGAUCCUGGUGACUUGCUCAUGCCUUUGCUUAGUGCCAAAAGGCCUUAUGUCACAUCUCUCUUUAAGCAAGACAAAUUUUAAUAGGCCGUGCUUCUAGUUGAAGAUGUGUCCUGUGCAGGUGCUGGAUCCAGCCUAGUCUAAAAAUAAGCAACUGUGGGUGAAUUUUGUGCCAUAUGCCUUUGUAUUAUUAGUUACGGUGUAAAGUCUAACAGAGACUUUGAGACGACCGGCUCUAGAACUCAGGAUUUGCAAGCGCCUGUACGUAUGUACGUGUGCACAUGUGUUUGUACACCCUGUUUUGUUAUUUGGUCUUGAUCCCUGUGUUCCUCCCCCUGCCCCCCAAAAAAGAACUGACAACACCUCAGAACUACUUUGUGUAGAAAUUAUGCUUUUUCUGGUUGAUGUUCUCAACUGGAGAAGUUCUGCAGCAGUGGCUCAGGAGUGCGGCACAGGGACACCGAUACCCUCCUCAUGCAACUACUAGGCAAAUACUGUGUUGGAAUCUAAUACACUACUGUGUUUGCAUUCCAGCUUUAUUACUGAUCAGUUAUAGUGUAGUAUUUAUAUAUAUAUAUAUUAAAAAACCAUGCAAUAUGUGGAUUGCAAUACUAGUUCAAAGGGAAGUAGUUUUGCUCUGUAUAUUUUGUUACUUUUCAGAUUUAAUAAGACUUGUGUCUGUAAAAAUGCCUAAACAACACUGUAGUCUGAUACAGUGCAGCUGAUUAUUUGCUAUAAAGCAUUAUUUGUAAAGAUCAUUUUUUUACUUAAUGAAAACUGUUAUAUGUACACACGAUCCAAUAUAUACAAUUUUACUGCACCUAUUUUUCUAACAAAUUUUCUAAUUUUUUUAAAUGUUUGAUUUAAAGUUUCAGACUCCAAAGAUGAAGGGACUGCUUGUUUAUAUCACAGUUGUAUUCUCUCUAGUAGAGAGCAUUUCUGUGACCAUUCCUUCUCCCCUAAUCUCCCCCUUUUCUUGAAAAUCUGUUAGAAAGUGAGAUACAGUAUGUUGUCAGCUCUUCUCUUCCAUUUACAUCUAUGCUGCUUUAUACUUGAGUUGAAUCUUGUGGGUUUUUUUAUUUGCAGCAGCAAACAUCUAAAUAAAAGAUCUGCAAAGUAACAAA